AGACGCUGCACGCUGCCAGUGAUGCUCACGUAACCAAUACAUCAUGGACUAGCUCCCUGAGAUUAAUCCCAACGUGUUGACAAUCAUUAUCCAGGUGAGCACCAUGUCAAAGGGGGUUUAAUUAGCUGCUUCAUUCAUGCGGCUUGAGAGCUCCGAGAGGCGGGGGUAAGCUCAGUCAUCAGCUCGCUGGGUCGACUGCAACAACACGGAUCACUCACCGAGUAGGAGCAUGGUGGUCCCGGACAGUGCCAGCGUGGUCCCCCAGGCUGACAAUGGCAGUCCCGCUGGCCUCAAGGAGACCUCCAAGCCUGGGUGCGAAGAAGAGGAAGAGGGGGGUCAGGACCUGGCAGGGGUGGAGCUGGAGGAGGUACGAAAGCUGCAGGAGCUCGUUCGUAGGCUGGAGGUCCAGAAUGAGACCCUGCGCAACAGGGGGAGCAAGACCACCAUCAGCCGAGGAGCCAUCAGCAACAGCAACCUCACAGACGCUGGCAAUAUCAAUGAGAUGCUUGUGACUUGCGAGGAGGUGACCAACUCCCACCUCAGGUCGGAGCACGGUGGCAAGCUGGGCAGGACAGACUUUGAGCUGUCACCCACUCAGGACAGCAGCAGCGGUGAAGACAUGUCCCCUCUGCCCACGGCCAAAAGGCUGGAGGAAGAGGAUGAAGAGGAGGGCCAGGCUACAUGUGGCGGGUUUCUCACCUUGACCUGCAGCAGCAACGGAGCGACAGAGUCCCAGACCCCAGAGAGCCCCUCUCAGGAAAGUUAUGAGUCAGAGACACUUGCAGAUAGCGACUCGGGGGUGGACCAGACUGCACUGGAUGAGGUGGAUGUCCUAGAUUUGGAGGAUGAGUGUGCAGACCUAGAGGACGAGGACAGCUGGUUGUAUGUGUCUCCAAAAAAGCAAGUAGCCGAUCAAGGCCCAGAUUCUCCAUUGAAGUGGUGUCGGCAGGCUCUUGACCAUCGCAGCCCAGAGACAGAAAUAGCUUGUCGGACCCUGAUCAGCCGCUUGGACCAGACGUGUCGAUGGAGGAACAUGUACAGUAGCCCUUCAGCAGAGGCAGGCUCGACAGGCUCAGGCCUGAUCUCUCCUGGGUACCACAAAUCAACUAACAAAUCCCUACUAACUUGUGGCAGCUCAGGUGCCCCUACCAUGCAAUCUGCCCUGAGCUCGCAGUCCUCCAUAGACAGUGAGCUCAGCACAUCAGAUGACUCCAUCUCGAUGGGCUAUAAGCUGCAGGAUCUCACUGAUGUCCAGAUCAUGGCUCGACUACAGGAAGAGAGUCUGAGGCAGGAUUAUGCAUCCACCUCAGCAUCUGCAUCACGCCGCAGCUCCAACGCCUCAUUACAUUCCCUGCGCCGGGGGGGCACCUACAGCGAUCAGGAAUUUGACAGUUACAGCCUGGAGGACGAGGAGGACGAGUUUUGCUCCAUGCCCCAGCGACGACAGCGCUUCACCCCGUCGCCGUUAGGCUCACCCCGGUGCCUGUCCCCCUCCACCUCCAAUCACGGCCAGGAAUACAGCAGCCGACUCGGGGCUCCACGCACAAGAGCACCCAGACGAUCUCUCCAGGGCCCCAGUGCAGAGCUGCUUAAAUUUGCCAAGAGUGAGGAGGAGUUGAGGCACAGUAUGCCUAAUCUGGCCCCCCGCACCAGCCUACGUUCCCUGGAGGCAGUCAGAAACAGCCGCAGCAUGGAGGCUAACCUCCAGAGCUCUGGCAACCGCAUGUCCCACCUGACUCACUCCCCCUCCACAGGUAUGGCUUCCAGUCGACUGCGUGGCAGUGGCCAGUCACCUCUCUCCCUGCAGACUCCAGUUAAAGCUGUCAAUCCUGCGGGCGCCAUGGCACCCGGUCGUCAGCCUUCCAGAGGUCUGCCCGUUGUCCAAGCACCGCCUGCAGGAGGGGGCCGCAGGGUCCAGUCACCAGGUUCUGCCAAUGGCGGUGCCUACAUACCCGGUAGAGCCUCCACUGGAGGAGGGAGGGCCGCCGUGGGCAGAGGACAGGCAUCUACCAGGAGUAAACUUUCACAGCCCCCAAGGAGGUCUUUUGGCAUGACUAAAAUGUCGGAUGAAUCCUGGAAAGAUGGCUGUUACUGAGCCUGGCCGGUAAUGAAGGAUGUUCACUGCUGCAACCCUCACCUGACCUCUUCCCUUUACCUCUGUACACUCAAAGAACACAGCAGCUGUGUCAACAAAUGUGUCGUACAACCUUUCGGUCCCUAUUUCAGACUGGAGCGCUGGGCUGCACUGGAUCCGAAAUCAAGGCUAAUCUCUCUUCCUCGCAUGAAACAUUGUCAACCCACACAAAGAGGAUGUGUAGGCAGACAUUAAGGCACAAAUGCACACUCCACUUGUGAUAUGGACCAACUCUGAGCUUCCAGAAAAUUUGUUUGUGUCAAUUUUACUUAUUUUUCUAUGGUAAUUGUGAGAAACUGCUGGAAUAUGAAGGGUUGUAUCACUGUUCUCUUGAUGUAAUUGAUAUGAAGACAAUUUAAAUGAAGAUAUUGGUAUGUUCAUUUUCUAUGUGCAUUCCUACUAGAUCAAGGUGCUGAAUGUUGCAUGCUUGUUUUUAUUUUGGUUUUUUUUAUCCUAAUCAUGUAACUGCAAUAUGAUCUGUGUGGAUUUAUGAAUGUUGAUUGGUUCAUUGUGUAAUUAUCUUUAGAUUUGUGUUGUAUUUGUGUUUUGCUCUUUGCUGACACAGCAAUGCAACUCCUGUAAACCACACUGCCCUUAUGAAGAAUACAAAAAUGGAAAAUACGGUUUGCGCCAAGGUGCAUUUCAGCUGCAAAACUCUUUCUAUUUCCAGAAGAAUCUUGAGUCAUUAAAAGGUACUGUUAUGGUAAUGCUUUUGAACACAUUUUUACUGCAUAUCAAUAUUUGGAUUUAGAGUGUGCUUUUGAAUACCACUGCAAUGAAGAAAAUGUUUAUGCACGAAGGCCUUGUGCCUUAAGACAGCUAUGCACCCUCAUGCAUAGUGCCUCUGACAAUUAGGAGCUGUAAAGAAACUAAAUAAUAAAGUCCACCCUAAAACUUUAAUUGCAGCUUUUCUGUUUGUUUUUAUUAUACAAUCCAUGCAUGCAAAGGUCUGUUUGCAUAUCAGGCAAUUUAGUCACACUGCAAUCCAUCCACAGCAGCAGCACCAUCAGCAUCUCCCGGAGUUUCCUGGCUGCAUGACCAAACUCCUCACAAAUGAGCUCUCCACUACCCCACCCCCCUUGUGACAAAAUGGCCCACAGGCCUCUGCAAG